CUCUCGCGCACUAAAGCAUCAGCUAUAACGAACUGUCAAGCGAUUUCUGACCCUCGAUAAGCAACGAUCGGCUCGGUAUAAACAUUGCUCCCGGCCUGGGUAACGGCCAUUAUUACCAGCGAUGUUGGAAGGUGUGGUUGCAAACCUGCUCAACAGGUUUCUGGGCAUGUACGUCAAGAACUUCGACGGCAAACAACUCAAUAUCGGAAUCUGGUCGGGCGAUGUCAAGCUUCACAACCUCGAAUUGCGCCGAGAGGCACUCGAUCAAUUUCAUCUUCCACUCAACGUCGUCGAAGGACACAUCGGCCAGCUAACAUUGUCUAUUCCAUGGUCAAAUCUACGUGGGAAGCCGGUUAGGGUGGAAAUCGAGGAUGUGUUUCUUUUGGCAGCACCAAAGGUCGAGACCGACUACGACCCAGAGGAGGAAGAGAGAAGGGCUCAUGCUAUCAAGAUGGAUAAACUCGAAAGCGCCGAACUUCUACGUGAGCGUAACGCGGAAGGAAUGACCCAGGAGGAACAGAGGCGGAAUCAAAGCUUCACACAGAGUUUCACAACUGCCAUCGUUGAUAAUCUGCAAGUAUCCAUCAAGAACGUCCAUUUUCGGUACGAGGACUCGAUUGCUUCCCCCGGCCAUCCGUUCGCCGUUGGCAUAACCUUAAAAGAACUGAGUGCUGUGAGCACAGACUCAGAAUGGCGUCCUACAUUUAUCCAGUCUACGUCUGGGACAACACACAAGCUCGCAGUUUUAGGAGCUUUGGCUGUCUACUGGAAUACCGACACGGAGUUACUGGGGACAGGAAGCGGCGCGGACUUUGGUGCAGAAGCCCAAGGGAUAUCGCACGAAGACCUCAUGAUGAAACUCAGAGGCGGCAUUGAGUUGGAUGAGAAAAACCAGUACAUUCUUCGACCUGUGAGUGGCCGUGCUGGACUUGAGAUGGACAAAACGGGGAAGCUUGACCGGCCAAGAAUGAAAGCACGCCUUUUAUUCAAUGAAUUGGGCUUUGUUUUUGAUAGUGAUCAGUACCGUGAUACACUGAUGCUGGUGGAUCUCUUCCACUAUUUUAUCCGCCAUCAGGAGUACAAGAAACUACAACCUUCAAUGAGCCCGAAGGAGGACCCGCGAGCUUGGUUCCGAUUUGCCGGAAAUGCUAUUCUGUCUAAAAUCCAUGAGAGAAACAGAGUAUGGACUUGGGAUUACAUUAAAGAACGGAGAGAUGAUCGAAUAGCCUAUAUUUAUCUGUUUAAGAAAAAGAAGAGAGAAGAAACACUUACCGCAGAUCAGAACGCAGAGCUAGAUCAGCUGGAAAGGAAAUACACUUACGAAGAUCUGCGCUUCUGGCGCUCUUUGGCACGAAACCAGCUACGGAAAGAAAACGUUGGCGUCAAAAAGCCUCCCAAACCCCAAACAUGGAGCGAAUGGAUGUGGGGAACGAAGAAACAAGAGGAGGACGAAACAGAAACAAUGACAGAGGAGCAACGCCAGGAAUUAUACAAUGCAAUUGACUGGGAUGAGAAAAAAGCCUUGGCUGAGAGUGUGGAACUUCCCAGAGAUUCAGUCAAGUUACAAGUCAAUUCCAGCCUCAGAGCAGGUAGCUUAACUUUGAAACGUGAUCCACACGGCGCGGCAACCGAAGUCAUGAAGCUCGUCUUUGAUAACUUCAGAGCUAAAGCUUUACAGCGACCUGAUUCCUUCUUUGUGGAUUUGGACCUUGGCGGCUUGAGAGUGUACGACGGGACUACGGAGGGUAGCAUCUUCCCGCAGAUUGUACGAGUCAAAGACUCUCAAGCGCAGGUAGCAAAUGCAUUCUCAGACGAGUCGGAUGAACUGGAAUACGAGGAAGAUUCGGACGAAGCCGAGCAUGAUGACAGCUUGUUCCACCUCCAAGUCGAACAGAACCCGCUUGAAAGUGAUGCCGAUACCGCUGUCAAGGUCAAACUCAAGAGUAUUGAGGUCAUCUACAAUCCUAUAUUUGUCAUUGAGGUUGCCCGAUUCUUCAGGCCGCCGGAACGGCACAUGGAGUCCGUAGGAGCUCUUCUCGACUCCGCUGGAGCCACGGUGCAGGAAAUCCGGCAACAAACUAGAGCUGGUCUUGAGUACGCUCUCGAAGCGCACAGGAAAGUAGACGCUCAGUUCGAUUUGCAAGCUCCUCUUAUAAUCAUCCCUGAGAGCAUUACAGAGGAGGGCGCUCUUUGCCUGAUCCUUGAUGCUGGUCACAUCAGAGUCAACAGCGAGCUUGUUGAUAGAAGUACCAUGUCCGAUUUGCAAGCAAAGCAGAAGAGGCAGUACAAUGAAGAGGACUAUAAGCAGCUCGAGGAGCUUCUUUACGACAAGUUCUUGGUCAAGCUUGAUUCAAUCCAGUUGCUCAUUGGCCCCAACAUCGAAGCUACCAAAGCGCAACUCACAUCAGAUGAUCCAACCAAAGACCUCCAUAUUGUCGACCGUAUAAGUGUCGACUUUGUCCUCGAGCUCUGUAUUGUUCCGAAAUCCACUGCUCUCACUAGAACGCGGGUUUCCGGACAUCUACCAGAGUUGCAUGCGUCUAUGUCGGACAUGAAGUAUAGAAAUCUGAUGAAGCUGAUCGACAUAGCUAUUCCACGCUUUGAAGAUAAUACAGGCGAGUCCUCUAACCGUGUCAAAGAAAUUGUUGAUAAAUCUUCGGAACAAGAAGCAAUGAACAGAGCGAGAUCGGCCUCUUUCCAGCCAUCUUCUAUAAGAGAGAUUCCUCUUCUUGAUGAUGAGUCUGACUCGGAAGAUUCUGGCAAACAUGAAGUUGCGAAGAAGGACGAGCAGCCCGUCAACUUGCACCAGCGAGUAUUCGAGUUCAAAUUUACAGUGGGAAAGCUCCGUGGUUCCCUUUUCAGGUCUGAUCAAAGAGAAGCAAAGUCUGACCAAUUACUGGCUGAGCUGGUAGCUGAAGGCUUCGAAUUGGACUAUUACCUCCGGCCAUUUGAUAUGGUAGCUGAGCUGACCUUGAAAUCUCUCAGCGUGGAUGACUACAUUGAGCAGAAUCCGACACCGGAAUUCAAACAAAUUAUUUCUUCCAAAGGUUUCAACGCUGAAGAAGAUAAGGAUCUGUUUAAUCUCAAAUUUGUUCGAGUCAGACCGGAUUCUCCCGAGUUUCAUUCGACGUAUGAAGGGGUUGACAUGAAUCUUGACGUUGCAGUGUCCACUAUCAAUAUUAUAGUCACCCGGAGGACCCUUUUGACACUGCUUGAUUUCGUGCUGAUAACCUUUACAAAUCCUGAACAGCCUCAAGCGGUAGCCCCAUCACCAGGUAGCAGUUCCGUGGACCUAUCUCAAGGUCAACAGGAACCACAAGAAGCACGCAAAAUCAGAAUCAAGUCACAGUUGAAGAGUAUUGCGUUGAUCUUGAAUAACGAUGGAGUGAGACUUGCAACUUUGAGCCUCAAUACUGCCGAUGUUGGCAUUUUCUUAGUCGGCCGAACUAUGCAGAUUCAAUCUAGGAUUGGAAGUCUGACUCUGGUAGACGAUGUGAAUAUUGGAGCGUCAGAGCAGUCAUCCCUCAGGAGACUUAUGACGAUUGAAGGCGAGAACUUUGCCGAUUUCAGAUAUCAAACUUUUGAUCCUGACUCGUCUGAAUACCCCGGCUACGAUUCGGAGGUCUUCCUAAGAUCUGGAUCAAUCAAAGUUCAGCUGCUAGAGGAACCAUACCGGAAAAUUGUCAAUUUCCUGGUCAAAUUCGGGAAAAUGCAAGCUAUAUUCAAUGCGGCUCGACAGGCAGCGGCAAGUCAAGCAAAUCAAUUGCAGGAAAAUGCGUCACGUAUGCGAUUCGAUAUCAUCGUGCGCACACCAAUUGUGGUCUUCCCUCGAGCUAUGUCGGAAAAUAAGCAGCGUGAUACUAUUACAGCAGAGCUUGGAGAAAUCUACGCAAACAAUACAUUUGUUCCUCUAGAUGACCGAAAAGAUAGCCCAGCCGUCAAUAUGAUCACAACCGGAAUUCGCAAUAUUCGCCUCACCUCUGAUUUGUAUUAUGAUGAUGCUACACACGAACAAUUGGAGAUGAUUCAGAAGGUCAAUCUUGACUUUAGCAUCUGUUACCUCGAACAUCAGCCAGACCAACCUCGUCCAGACAUUGAGGUAGAGGGGACGAUGUCUCCAAUCAAGCUACGAAUCUCACAACCACAACUCAAAUUCCUAUUAGAGAUUACAAAGACUGUACCUGGAGUAUUCACUCCAGAUACCGACCAGCAGGAACUCGAAGCAAUGCAAUCACUUCCAUCGAUCAGUCCACAAACUGAGGAACAGAACUCAGAAGUUCAGCAGGUGAGGAAGCCAGCGAAUCAAAGUCCGGUUAGCAAUUCAGAGAAGGAUACGUGGGUCAAACUCGAUAUGAUCUUCAAGGUCGAAAGCGUUGGCCUGGAGUUGAUUUUGGCCAAAGAGAAUAAACCUGUCGGUCAGGUGGAGAAUUCAAGCCUCUCCAGAUUCUCGCUGAACAAUACCAGAGUGAAAUUGCGCAUGCUGAGUGAUGGCGCCCUCGAAUCAGAGCUUCUGAUACACUCCUUCUCGAUCAGGGAUAGCCGUGCCCAAGAGACAAACAAAUUCCGCAAGAUCAUGUCACUUAUCAACAACGACGUUCAGCAGCAGUUCAUGGCUAGUGUCUCAAUGUCACCUGGACCUAAGAAACAUGUCAUUGCCAUGGUCACCAUUGACAGUCCACGCAUUAUACUCGCGCUUGACUAUUUAAUGGCUCUGCAGGCAUUCGCAAGUGAAGCAUUUGCACAGAAUCAGCAGUUGGAGAUAGAAGAAAUCGAUGAAACUCCUGAAGAUUCUGAUGCCGCAUCUAGUGCUGCAGUCAGUGGCAAUAAGUCAUCUCUUGAUGAGCAGGGAUUACGCAUGUCUUCGGAAGGAGAGCAAAUGACUUUCUCAUUCAGAGCUGAUAUUGUCGAUGCUCAGGUUAUCAUGAUCGCUAAUCCUGCAAUACCCAACACCGAAGCAAUCGUUCUGGGAACAAAACAGUUGCUAUUUUCCCAUCAGCAUGUCUCCACCCUGCAAAUAAAUAAAGUGGGCAUGUUCCUCUGCCGAAUGGAUAAGUUCGAGACAAGUCGGCUGCGGAUUUUGGACGACUUCACUCUCGAAGUCUCUAUUGAUAGCCGCGCCCAAGACAAAGGAUCAGCUCUGACUAGCAUUGAUGUUCAUGUCGAGCCCCUUGUUUUGAGACUGUCAUUGCGUGAUAUUCUUCUGGCCACUCAGAUUAUGAACAAGGUGUCAGAAAUGAGAACGAGUUCUACGACCGGACCCGAGAAGAAUGAGCCGCAACGAAUCAAAGAAAUCAAGGGCACUGACAAGAAGUCAAAGAGGCGCUCUACGAUAGGAGGCAAGACUGGUUCGGCUGCAACAAGUUCCAAGGCAAGGAGUCAUUUGAUUCCAGAGCAAAGGCUCGCACCGCAACAAUCCGCUGUCAUUAGAAGAGAGGAACUAGGUGCCCAAUUUGACGGCAUUAGGGUAAUCCUUAUUGGAGAUUUGCACGAAUUGCCCUUGCUGGAUUGGAGCGUCAAGAAGUUCAGUGUGGAUGUCAGAGACUGGUCGUCGACUCUUAACGCUGACACAUCGUUUGACACUUUCGUCAACGUCUACAACUUUUCAAAGUCUGCCUGGGAACCUUUUAUUGAACCGUGGCAGCUCGGAUUCCACAUGUCCAAGGAAAUCAACCCAGAUGUCUUCUCGAUCGAGGCUUACUCUCAUAAAACUAUGGAUUUGACCUUGACCUCUGCAACUAUUGCUCUCGCCUCCAAGUCGUUCCAAUUCCUCAACACUGACGAGGAUGUUUUAUCUAAACCUAGAGGAGCCGAUGCACCAUAUAGGAUACGCAACUACACUGGAUUCGACCUUCGAGUGUGGGCAGAUGUCGAAGUUGCAGACAAUGCACCGGCCGCUAAACUGAGUGACGGUGAAGAGUACCCCUGGCGCUUUGAGGAUGCAACUACAAUGCGUGAGAAUCUCACACCAGAAGGCAAUGCAGGGCUAGUAGGCAUCAAGUUGGAGGGCAGCGGCUUUGACAGCAUCAACCACAUUCCCGUCAUUCGAGAAGGCGAAACGCUGUAUAACUUGAAACCUAAGAAGGACAAAGUUCUACACAAGUUGCUUGUUGAAGUCAAGCUGGGUGAAGACAAUGUCAAGUAUAUCACUUUUCGCUCUCCAUUGCUCUUGGAAAAUAACACACAGAUACCUGUUGAGAUGGGAGUUUUCAGCCCUGAAGAUGGUCAUUUGCUCAAAAUUGAGAAAAUUCUCCCAGGUGAUGCUCGACCGGCACCAGUUGGUUCAGCUUUCCUGCAUCAACUUGUCGUCCGCCCCGACCAAGGUUUCGGGUACGAUUGGUCGAAUGAACAAUUGUAUUGGAAAGACCUACUCCGUCGACCGACGCGGACGAUUACGUGCGUCAGCGAAAGCGGACAACAAGCUCCGCCAUUCUACUUCCAACUGAAUGCUACUUACGACAAGCGUGACCCUAUCAUCAACAACUACCCUCACAUGAAGCUCCGACUUUCAGCACCUGUCGAGAUCCAGAAUUUGCUUCCCUAUGAUUUCAAAUACCGAAUUUACGACAAGAAUACUCGCAAGGAUUGGACCAACUUUUUGCGACGGGGCGGUGUCAGUCCGGUGCAUGUUGUGGAAUUAUCUCACUUGCUUCUUCUGAGUAUUGAUCUCCAGGACUCGGUCUACAAGCAAAGCGAAUUCGCUAUAAUUAAUGGCAAUUCACAAGACUUCAGGCGAGAAGAUUCGCUACCGCUCAAGGAUGAGCAUGGUGCGGAGCUAAGGCUCAAAUUGCACUAUUACAAUGUGCCUGACAGUGGAGGCGCCUUCAAAGUCAGCGUGUAUAGCCCGUAUCUUGUGCUGAACAAGACUGGACUUAGCAUGGAGGUUCAAAGCAAAGGAUUUAUGCAAUCUGCUCGAACAUCAGCAGGAAGAGGUAUCGAUUCUGAUUCCGCAGCUUGUCAUGCGAAACCUUAUAUGUACUCAUAUCCUACUGAUGAUCCAAAGAAUCGGUCUAUCAUAAAAAUUGGUGACUCUCGGUGGAGCAAGCCUCAAAGUUUCGAUGCUAUCGGUAGCUCCUUUGAGGUUAUCGUUCCGGCUAGAACGUCUCGAGCUGAAUUUCAUGCUGGAGUGUCCGUUUCUGAGGGCGAGGGCAAGUACAAAUUGACCAGAGUAGUCACGAUUACACCACGAUUCAUCCUCAACAACAAGCUUAAUGAGGAACUUCAGGUGCGGGAACCAGGAACGUCCAAUGUGCUCACGAUGAAAGCUGGAGAUCUGGUACCUCUUCAUUUCCUCCGUCAAGUCCCGGAGAAACAGCUGUGCCUAUGCUUUCCUGGUGUCAACAAUCAAUGGUCUUCACCUUUCAAUAUCGCCGACGUGGGCAUCACGCAUGUGAAAUUAGCCAAGGCAUCUCAGCGACAACGUCUAAUUAAGAUUGAAGUGUCCAUGGAGAACGCAACCAUCUUCAUUCACUUGAGAAUGGAACACAGACAUUGGCCGUAUUCCAUGCGAAAUGAAAGUGAUAUGGAGUUCAUUUUCUAUCAGUCAAACCCUAAUGUUGACGAGGACGAGUACGAAGAUACAAGCAGCGGAUGGCGACCCAUUCGGUACCGUCUGCCGCCUCGUAGUAUCAUGCCGUAUGCCUGGGAUUAUCCAGCCGCGAAGAGCAAGUCACUGGUUCUGAAUUGCAACGGAAAGGAACGACACAUUCGGCUGGCGGAAAUCGGAAACCUAAUCCCUAUGAGGGUUCCAACAAAUAACAAUUCCAAUGGUCAGAGCAUUGUCGAUUUGAAUAUUGUUGCAGAAGGCCCGACGCAAACGUUGGUCUUAUCUAACUACAAACCGUCUAAGAGUAUAUAUCAACAGCAAAAGGGACAAACAUCCCAAACUAGCGUUGCAACUGGGUUUGAAGUCAAGGUGGAAAACUCCGAUGUUACGUUCAAGGCACAGCUGCGACUAGGUGGCGUGGGUAUCUCACUCAUCAAUCAAAACAUGAAAGAGCUUUUGUAUUGCACAUUCCGUGAGAUUGAAAUCAAAUUGCGGGAGAGCAAUGUGUAUCAGACAUUGGACACCACGAUUAAGUGGAUUCAGAUUGACAAUCAACUAUACGGAGGCGUGUUCCCGAUUCUCCUCUACCCCAGUGUCGUACCAAAAACUGGAAAGGAAAUGGAGGCUCAUCCGAUCUUCCAUGCCAUGGUCACAAGAGUCAAAGACGAUUCGUACGGUGUUUUAUAUAUCAAAUAUGCUACUUUGCUCUUGCAACAGAUGACCCUCGAGUUAGAUGAGGACUUUGUCUUUGCUAUGCUCGAUUUCGCAAAAGUCCCCGGUGCUUCCUGGUCUAUUGAACAAGAGGGUACGCUCUGUGACGAAGAUCUGGAUAUCCCUGAACCAAAGUAUGAAGAAGCUCGACAAGAUGUGUACUUUGAGCUGUUGCAUCUACAGCCCAUGCAGCUGGACAUUUCUUUCAUGCGCACGGAGCGAGUGAAUGCUGAAGAUCAGCUUCAACCGUCAAGUCCACUCAUGUUCUUCGUCAACGUUAUGACUAUGUCUAUUGGCAAUGUCAACGACGCUCCGGUCCGAUUGAAUGCGCUAAUGCUAGAGAAUGCCAGGGUAUCUAUUCCUUUGCUCAUCUCCAACAUGAGAAAACACUACACCCAAGAAUUCUUGCGACAAAUUCAUAUUGUUUUGGGAUCGGCGGACUUCCUCGGAAACCCUGUUGGUCUUUUUAAUACUGUGAGUUCCGGUGUUGCGGAUAUUUUCUACGAGCCAUAUCAAGGUCUUGUUACCGAUCGACCUCAAGACCUGGGUUAUGGCAUCGCCAAAGGUGCAUCUAGCUUUGUCAAGAAGUCGGUCUUUGGAUUCUCGGAUAGUAUGGCCAAAUUUACUGGUAGUAUGUCCAAGGGCCUUGCAGCUGCUACUCUGGACAAGGAGUUCCAAGAUCAGCGCCGCAUGUCCAAAGCCCGGAAUAGGCCUAAACAUGCGCUUUAUGGUGUUACAUCUGGUGGAAAUGCAUUCGCCACGAGUAUUUUGAGCGGUAUUGAGGGUCUUGCGCGCCAUCCACUUCAAGGAGCAGAGAAGGGUGGGUUUGGAGGCUUUAUGAAAGGUGUUGGAGUGGGCAUGCUCGGUGUUGUGACCAAGCCAGCCAUUGGAGCGUUUGAUCUUGCAUCUAAUCUUGCCGAGGGUGUCCGAAACACGACAACAGUCUUUGACUCCGAUGGCCUGGACCGCGUUCGUCUAACCCGCUUCAUCGGAACGGAUGGUAUUGUCCGACCAUACUUUCAGCGCGAAGCACUCGGACAAUUCUGGCUCAAAACCACCGAUGACGGCAAAUACUUCAAGGAAGACUACAUCGCGCACCUUGAACUCCCCGGACGAGAUAUGAUCGUGAUGUUGACCUACGACCGUAUAUUACUCGUGCGUUCUGAUAAACUCCGCUCUGAAUGGGAGAUCAAACUUACAGAUAUUCAAACUAUAUCCAAAGAGCGGACUGGUAUGAGUAUUACGCUCAAGGGAGGGGCUAAUGGGCCGUUUAUUCCGGUUCAGGAUGAAAGUUCUCGAAAUUGGCUGUAUAAGCAGAUUGCUAUUGCUGUUAAUGCCUUCAACGAAAAGUAUAACGCGAAGAAUUGAUCGGUUAGCACAUAGACUUUUUCUUACGUUACGAGUUUGAAGCGAACAUCCUUGACCGUUGACGCAUGGCGACUUGAUGCAUCUUGUAUUUAUCUUUCUGAUUGUGUAUAAACUAGUAAUUAUGAAUGAAAGCAAUGAAUAUGGAUCUAUUUCGUCUAUCCGCAUACCCAAACCAGGGGAAAGAACAUCUAGCUAUAGGUUCUUUCCAAAACAUCUAAUCACCAACUAAUCAACCCCUUCUCUCUAUCAAACCCACCCCGUAACUGAUCCGGUUUAACAAGUUUACCCUGCAAAACAGUAAACCUAACAAUAUUCUCACACUCCUCCGGGCGCACUCGAGCCAACCAUAUCCCCUGCACAGCACCUUCAUCCUCUUCUUCUCCCUCUUCAUUGGUAUCUGCUACCGCAUCCUUCUUCUUCUUAUACCACUCAAAAUCCCGUCGUCGAUAGAUUAUGACAUUAGCAGAAUACUUAUGACCCCCGACAUGACUAAUAAAAUGAACCGCGACACCACCGGGACGUUCGUCAUUGGCAUCCCUGUAAAGACCAAGAGUACGCAAAUGACGCUCAAACUCGCGCUUGAGCAAUGGAGCGGAUUGACCGCAGCGUGCGUCGCGGGUCUUUUGUGAGCAGAGUAAGAUUACUGCUGCGUGGGGUAAGGGUCGGGAUCGGAGAAGUGUUAAUGAUGAGAUAUCUUGUUCUUCAACGUUGUCGGCAGAGGGUUCUGGUGAUGCUGUUGUUGAUGAGUUAUGAAGUAACGGUGUCGUUGUCGUAAUGGAUGGAUUGACAAAGUACUUUAUCAGGUCCGGGGCAAGUGCUGGAGUAACAUGAUCAAUGAUUUUGAAUGCCGGCAGGAGGACAACAGUAGUCGGUCUAUUCCCAUCUUCUUCGGCAUGAUGAUAUUCAUCCGGAACCGGUAUAUUGGAAGCAGAUAACUUC